AUGGCUUCUUUUAGCGGCUUCGACUUCAAUGACUUGACCACCACCGCCGACCAGCCGCCGCCCCCCUCUGCCCCUCCUACCUCAGAGAUUCGCGAGCUCCAGGCCAGGCUGGACUUCAAGUCGGUCACUGCGUUCAUGCAAGUUGGCAAGUUCUGGGGCAAGUACGAAGAGGUAUUGCCCAGCGAUAAGGCUUCGGCUACUUCUGGUCCUACUGUUUCCGCUGCGACUCCGUCUGCUUCCGCUACUUCUGCAUUGAAUGCCUCUCCUGCAACACCAACACCUGUUACACCCGCCAUGGACCCUACUAAAGAGAACCGUACGUGCAAGGGAAAUCUCUCGAAGAUGCACCGCUUGCAGUGCCUCCAUUACAUUUGGACUUCCUCGGUUAGUGCUUGUGCCCCGAACUGCUUGGGUGGUCAGCACCCAACUCCCCUUCCCGCCAGCAUCCAAGGGCCGCAUUUCGGCUGUCAACUGUGCCUCCGUGCAGCACAGGCCAAAGACCCCGCGCUCCGUAAGCCUGGAAACCACUGGGUUGACCUGCUGUUGGAAGAUAAUCUUGAGCGGGAUUCUAGUCCACUCACUGGCCUCCGAGCUUGCCAGAUCGUGUUCAUGGCGAAAGACGGCACGUUAAUUCCAGCCAUGGAGCCGAUCGACUCGGCCCUGAUUCGCGCUCUGAUGAGCUUUCGCUUCAAGAUCAAGCAGCGACCGGACCUUGAUUUCAGGCCUGCCCUCCCAGGCCCAUCUGGGGUCGAUGCCUCCGGAUUUGACUACAGUAAGGUACCGAAGGGUCCUGGCGGUGGCAAGCUGAGCAAAGCAGACAAGAAGAAGAUCGUCCAGGAGGCGAGAAAUGCAGACCGUGGUGGCAGAGAGAAGCGAGGACAGCCCUCGGGUAGAGGCCAGCCAUUGGGCAGAGGCCAGCAAUCGACCAGAGGCAGAGGAGAAGCAAGGGAGUCGAGCUCUACAGCUGACGUCGGACUGGAUUACGGAGAAGAAGCACUCGGGGCGUCCGUAGCUGGUAUCCGGUCGGAGGAAGAGACGAGAGCUCGUCGCGACAAACGAGAACGCCAGAAAUUGGAAAAAGAACGGAAGAAGGCAGCGCAGGAGGCGACGAAGAUGAGGCAGAAGGCUGAGGAGGGGGCCAACAGAAAGCAGGCAGACGAAGUCUCUACGAAAAGCAGGGAGGAGGCUGAAGAGGGCGAGGUAAUGGAGAAUGAUGAGGAGACGGCGAAGAAACUCCAGGAGGCUGAGGAGGGCUUGGAUAAGAUGGCCCUGGAGUAG